GCUUCAUUGUGUCCCGUGGCUGAUUCCGCUCGGACUCCGUGUGUUCUCGUGAGCGCGCAGGAUUAACGGGACACCAACUUCUAUGGAGGCAGAGCCAUGCACGCAGACGCGCGUUUAACGGAGAUCGGGACGUUCACGGCGCUCGAUGCGGAUGCCGAGAUCCCUCUGAGACCAGACCGCGUCUCCGUCUAGGAGCGAUGCUGCUUUAAAAUGCGAAAAGAUGCGCCGCGAGGGCCGAGCGCUGGAGAAAGAAUAAACAGCAUUAAGGAUUAACAAUGUAGCAGAUGCGGCGCGUUUUAUCCAUCGCUGGAAACGUGUAGUGACCUGUGAGGGCGGGAGGGAGGAGGAGGACCUGGAGGUUUGCAUAUUUGAAUACUGUAUUGUUCUUCAUCAGGAUUUAAUUUGGAUUGAAGAAAAACAACAGUUCAUCCUCUUCGUGAGCCAUCAUCAUCAUCAUCAUCAUCAUCUUCACCAUCGUGAAAGAGAGACACAAAACCAUGGGCAACGCAGAGAGCGUGGACGCGCAGCUCACAGACUUCAGAGCGAGAAACAAGCCGCCCAAGCUGCCCAUGCCUGACCCGGCUGAGCUCGAGGAGAGGUUCUCCAUCGCCCUGAACUCCAUGAACCUUCCGCCAGACAAGGUGCGUCUUCUUCGGCAGUACGAUAACGAGAAGAAGUGGGAGCUCAUAUGUGAUCAGGAGCGGUUCCAGGUGAAGAACCCUCCUCACACAUACAUCCAGAAGCUAAGAGGAUUUCUGGACCCAGCUGUCACAAGAAAGAAAUUCAGAAGGAGAGUUCAGGAAUCCACUCAGGUGCUCCGUGAGCUGGAAAUUUCACUCCGAACCAAUCACAUCGGGUGGGUAAGAGAGUUUCUGAAUGAAGAGAACCAAGGCCUGGAUGUACUGGUGGAGUACCUAUCCUUUGCACAAUAUGCUGUUACCUUUGAUGGAGAUGCAGCAGAAAGUACGAGUGGAGAGGCGUCAGUGGAGACUCCGUGGAGCAGAUCUAUAGAAGAUCUACAUGGUGACACUAAUCUGCCCUCGCCAGUCAGCAGCAGCAGUAUUCAGCGGUCGACACGACACUCGUUAAGGUCCAACACUCUUCCCAGCCGUAGGACGCUGAAAAAUUCACGUUUGGUUUGUAAGAAGGAUGACGUGCACGUCUGCGUCAUGUGUCUCAGAGCCAUUAUGAACUACCAGUAUGGCUUCAACAUGGUCAUGUCACAUCCGCAUGCGGUAAAUGAAAUUGCUCUGAGCCUCAACAACAAAAAUCCAAGGACCAAAGCCUUGGUUCUGGAGCUCCUGGCUGCUGUGUGUCUCGUGAGAGGCGGGCAUGAGAUCAUCCUGGCUGCCUUCGACCAUUUCAAAGAGGUCUGUUCCGAGUCCCAGCGGUUUGAGAAGCUAAUGGAGGAUUUUAAAAACGAAGACAACAAUAUUGAUUUCAUGGUGGCAUGCAUGCAGUUCAUCAACAUUGUGGUGCACUCUGUAGAAGACAUGAAUUUUCGAGUUCACCUUCAGUACGACUUCACCAAGCUUGCGCUGGAUGAUUAUCUGGAAAGAUUGAAACACACAGAGAGUGAUAAGCUACAGGUGCAGAUCCAGGCGUACCUGGAUAACCUGUUCGAUGUGGGCACGCUGCUGGAGGAUGCCGAAACCAAAAACGCAGCACUGGAACGAGUGGAGGAGCUGGAAGAGAAUCUGUCACAUAUGACAGACAAGCUGCUGGACACAGAGAAUGAGGCCAUGUCUAAGAUCGUAGAGCUGGAAAAGCAACUGAUGCAGAAGAACAAGGAGCUGGACUCCCUUAGGGCUGUGUACAGGGACGCCAGUUCGCAGGUACACUCGCUCCGGCGCAUAGUACGUGAAAAGGAUGAAGCCAUCCAGAAGCAGUCCAGGCUGGAGAAGAAGAUUCACGAGCUUGAGCGGCGUGGUAGCCUGCAGAUCCAGGUGAGGGGGGAGGGAGAUGGUGAAGGAGAAACCUCCCCUCUUCCCUCUCCCCCUCAGCCCAUGCCUCUCUCACCGUGCCCUGAUGCCAUGGUCCAGGCUGGCGCAGGUGCCAGCAGCUCAUACACAUCUGCUUCACAGACUGGAACCCUGAGGAAGGUGGCCACCCCUCCACCUCCUCCACCACCACCUCCUCCACCACCACCCAUGCCUGACUCCACCUUACCUAACGGACCAUCGGCUGUCACUGCCCCGCCUCCUCCUCCUCCACCUCCACCCCCUCCUCCACCCCCUCCUCUUGGGCGGGCCAUGGAGUUGUCCACCCCACUUCCCCCACCUCCUCCCCCUAUAGCCCCUCCCCUUCCUGGCUGUGGCACACCCACAGUCAUAUUCAACUCUGGUCUAACAGAUGGACCAAUCAAGCUCUUCUCGGUGAAGAUUAAAAAGCCAAUCAAGACCAAGUUCCGGAUGCCGGUCUUUAACUGGGUGGCUCUGAAACCUAAUCAGAUCAAUGGCACUGUCUUUAAUGAGAUUGAUGAUGAAAAGAUUCUAGAGGACCUGAAUGUGGACGAGUUUGAGGAGAUGUUUAAGACCAAAGCACAGGGUCCAUCUGUGGAUAUGACCAUGAGCAAGCAGAAGGCACCGCAAAAAGGCCCCAGUAAAGUGUCACUACUGGAGGCCAACAGGGCCAAAAACCUGGCCAUCACACUACGCAAAGCAGGAAAGAGCCCUGAGGAGAUCUGCAAAGCAAUUCAGUCGUUCGAUCUGCGCACCGUGCCCGUGGACUUCGCAGAGUGCCUGAUGCGCUUCAUGCCGACCGAAACCGAGGUGAAGACGUUGCGGCAGUAUGAGAGGGAGCGGCGGCCCUUAGCGGAACUGACCGAUGAGGACCGCUUCAUGAUGAUGUUCAGCAAGAUCGAACGGCUGCCUCAAAGAAUGACGAUCAUGGCCUUCAUGGGCAACUUUAGUGACAGCCUGCAGAUGCUUACACCGCAACUUCAUGCAAUCAUUGCUGCAUCGGUGUCAAUUAAAUCUUCCCAGAAGUUGAAGAAGAUUCUUGAAAUCAUUCUGGCUCUGGGGAACUAUAUGAACAGCAGUAAGAGAGGAGCUGUGUAUGGCUACAAGCUUCAGAGUUUAGAUCUGCUCCUAGACACCAAAUCCACAGACAGGAAGCAGACCCUUCUGCACUACAUCGCUAAUGUGGUGAGGGAGAAAUACGCUGCUGUCAGCAUGUUCCACAAUGAACUUCAUUAUGUAGAGAAAGCUGCUGCUGUCUCUCUGGAGAAUGUCUUGCUGGACGUCAGGGAGCUGCAGAGGGGGAUGGAUCUGACUCGCCGUGAGUACAGCAUGCACGGCCACAACACGCUGCUCAAGGACUUUAUUCACCACAACGAGACCAGGCUGAAAAAACUACAGGAUGAUGCUAGAAUCUCACAGGAUGCUUUUGAUGAAGUUGUGAAGUAUUUUGGUGAAAGCCCCAAAACCAUGCCUCCCUCUGUCUUCUUCCCUGUGUUUGUGCGCUUUGUCAAGGCAUACAGGCAAGCAGAUGAGGAAAAUGAGCAAAGGAAAAAGCAAGAGCAGCUGAUGAUGGAGAAGCGUUUGGAACAGGAGGCCAUGAUGGAGGAGCAGGAGGGGCAGCAGUCUCCAUCUCAUAAAGGCAAGAGGCAGCAGCAGGAGCUGAUAGCCGAGUUGAGGAAGAGGCAGGGCAAGGACAGCCGCCAUGUCUACGAGGGCAAGGACGGUGCCAUCGAGGACAUUAUUACAGUGUUGAAGACCGUCCCCUUUACCGCACGGUCAGCCAAGCGCGGCUCGCGGUUCUUCUGUGACCCCACCCACUCCGAGGACUUCCAUUACUAAAUUAAAUUCUCUCCCUCAGAAAGACCUGCGCAGUCACCCUUUCCGCCGUGCCGAUGCCGCCCGGAGGAGCGGGAGGAACAGCUUUGAGAGACAGAGCCUUCAUCUUCUCCGAGUGGCCACCAUCUGUUGAGAAGGCGGGCCUUGUCCAAUUAUUACAGUUUAUAGUUUACAAUUAUUUGUUGCACCUUGUGCUAGUUCCAAAAUUUUAAGUAGGAGCUAAAAAAAAAUUUUUUUUUUUCUUUUUAAUUGCACUUGGAACUGGUUCACCUGCAGUGCAUGGAAGAAGACUGGAAUUAAGCAGUCAUAACUAUUGCACACUGCAAGUGGAUGUGGCUCUAUAUGAACCGCUUUUUCAGAGACUCUGGUGGACAGAAGAUUACAAAUAAAGCAGAUAGUCCAGACAUGCUUGACUACUAUGGUGUUCGAAUUAUCCCAUGAGCAGUGUUUGUCUGAUAUGGGACACAACCAAUAACGCACUUUGCUUUUUAUUAUCCUGCUGUCGUAAUGAACUUUUCUUGAAAAGAGAACUGCAUGGAGCUUUAAGAGAGACAGAUGAGAGGGAAGACAGACACCUGGUGCUAUGGAGGACCGCCUCUGUCACUGGUGCUAUGGAGGACAAUCUCCUUCUCACCAGCGAGCGAUUCACAAAGCUCAGUGUAAUCCAUAAAGCUCGGUGUAUAAAUGUAUGUCAGCACACACACAUACACAUACACAUACACACACACACACACACACCGUCUCCUGCUUGGCUUCUCUCGUGAUGUUCGUGAACUGUGGAAAGGACUGUUUACUUUCUUCUUUUUAAGGAAAAAAAAAAAACACUGCAUUGAGUAAAAAAAAAGGAUCCUUUUUUAAAUAUACAGAUAUUUUGCUACAAAAAGUGAGCCCCUUAUUUUUUACAUUGACCAUCCAUUGUGAUAUUGUACAUAUUGUCUGAACGAUCUGCUUCCUCUGAUAUCAGUUUAAUGUUAUGAUGUCACUGUGUAUCGCAGUAUUAUGUAGAUAAGUGGUGAAACAAGUGGAUCUGGUCACUCUGUGCUAAAUAUCUUUUUCAUCACACGUAACGGUAAUAGUCUGUGGUUGCACAUUACACUCCAAAAAAAAAAAAAAAAAAAGCUUGGGCGGGUGUUAGGCUGUUAGUGGAGCAUAUAGCAUUCCUUGGUUUACACUGUUCAAACUGGAAUCAAUGGAAAAUAAAGCAACAAUA